GCAAGAAGUGGAAGCGUGCUUUACGUGGAUAGUCGCUCCUAAAUCGAAAAUGCCCGGAUAUCAUCGACCCGACGCUAAAAAACUUCAAGAUUUGAGAGAUAUCGCAAACAAGCUCCGUAUUCUGAGCAUUGAAUCAACUCAGAGCAGCAACUCAGGGCACCCGACAACAUGUUGCUCUAUCGCCGAAGUGAUGUCCGUACUCUUCUUCAAGACCAUGAAAUACUCCGUGCAGGAACCGCGGCAUCCAUCUUCAGAUCGUUUCGUUCUCUCGAAGGGACACGCGGCCCCCAUCUUGUACGCAGCCUGGGCUCUCGCUGGGCUGUUCCCCGAAGAAGAGCUCAAGAAUUUGAGGAAAAUCGAUUCUGAUCUCGAAGGACACCCCACUCCUCGUCUGAACUUCAUCGAUGUGGCCACUGGGUCUCUCGGUCAAGGUCUGAGUUGCGCCGCCGGAAUGGCCUACACCGGGAAAUACUUUGACAGAGCCAGCUAUCGCGUCUACUGCAUAAUGGGAGACGGGGAAUCUGCCGAAGGAUCGAUAUGGGAAGCAAUGUCUUUCGCUUCGCUCUACAAUCUCGACAAUCUCGUGGCCAUCUUUGACAUAAAUCGUCUUGGUCAGAGUGAAGCCACUCCCCUGCAACACCAGAUGGAUAUCUACAGAGCACGGUGCGAAGCAUUCGGGUUCAACACUAUCGUGGUUGACGGACACGAUGUUGAAGCUCUGUGCAAGGUGUUCGACGAGGCCCAACAUGUCAAAGGGAAGCCGACCGCUGUCUUACUGAAAACGUUCAAGGGAAAAGGGUUAGACGGGAUCGAGGAUGCGGAAAACUGGCACGGGAAGCCCCUGGGCGACAAAGCUCCAGCUGCGCUCGAGGCGCUGCGAGCUCAGAUUUCCGGUUCAGAAAUUACCCUGAAACCCGAGGCGCCCGUGUUCGACGCGCCUGAAGUCGACAUCUCGGACAUCAAACUUUCGUCGCCGCCGUCAUAUCAGCUAGGCGAAAAGAUCGCGACACGGCUUGCCUAUGGCACUGCCAUUGCAAAACUAGGAUCUUCGAACGACCGAGUGAUCGCUCUGGACGGCGACACCAAAAACUCGACGUACUCCGACAAAUUCAAGAAGGCGCAUCCGGACAGGUACGUCGAGUGCUUCAUCGCUGAGCAGAACCUCGUGGGCGUUGCAAUCGGCUGUGGGACUCGUUCGAGAACAGUUCCUUUCGUUUCCACUUUCGCAGCCUUCUUCACGCGAACAUUCGACCAACUGCGAAUGGGCGCGAUUUCUCAAGCGAAUAUCAAGUGUGCUGGAUCUCAUGCGGGCAUCUCAAUAGGUGAAGAUGGCCCGUCCCAAAUGGCAUUGGAGGAUCUCGCGAUGUUUCGCUCGAUUCCGCGAGCGCUUGUCCUUUACCCAUCGGAUGCCGUGUCCACGGAACGGGCUUGUGAGCUUGCCGCAAACUACAAGGGAAUCGUUUUCAUCAGAACAUCGAGACCGGCCACAGCUGUUUUGUAUGACGCUUCGACCCAAUUCGCUGCCGGGAAAGCCCAGGUCGUGCUGCAGUCCGAUUCCGACAAAGUUCUCGUCAUCGGAGCUGGAGUAACGCUUCACGAAGCUCUUGCGGCGGCCAGGGAGCUCCAGAAGAAGGGGACCCAAAUUCGUGUCAUGGAUAUUUUCUCUGUGAAACCGAUCGACAGCCAAUCCAUUUUGAGUAACGCUCGCCAAUGCGGGGGAAAAAUCAUUGUUGUCGAAGAUCACUACCCUGAGGGAGGUAUCGGCGACGCCGUAGCGUCGGUCGUGAAGAACGAGGACGGCAUCAAAGUGGUCGCGCACCUCUGCGUGAGAGACCUCCCCCGGUCCGGACCACCGUCAACGCUUCUUGACGUGUUCAAGAUAUCGUCGUCAGCGAUUCAGGAAGCAGUUCUCGCGCAGGCUUGAUGGACUUGGAAUGACCACUCGAAAGUUCCAGCUGUGCGGUCAAGAUGCCGGUCAAGAAGCAGCUCCGUGAUGGCGCGCAUCGCUUGUUCGUCUGCGUCGUUCGACCGGGUGUCCUCAUUUCAAAAUUUUCCGGAUCGGACGUCUACCACGAUUCGAUCCGACAAAGCGGAGCUGGCUGCCUUAUUGAGGAAGCAGCCUCGAGCGAUGGAAAUCCGAGUCGUCGGAUCGAGUAGUCAAACAAGUGAAUGACGUCCUAAGCGAAUAAACAGAACGUCCUUUCAUGAUUUAUU